AUGGAUGUCCUCAUCUUCGGAGACCAAACCGCCGACCAGUACCCGCUCCUGCGGAAGGCUUGUACCUGGAAGAACAACGCGACCCUGACGACCUUUCUCGACCGGAUCAGCGUUGUGAUUCGCGAAGAGGUGCAAAAGCUGCCACGAACACAGCGAGACCAAAUCCCCAACUUCCUGACAACAUGGGAUCUUGUGGAAGCAUACUACGCCAAGGGACUGAAAAUCCCUGAGAUUGAGAGUUGUAUGGUUACCAUUGCGCAGUUGGCGCACUACAUCGGAUACUUUGCCGAGAAUCCAACAGAGCUUCCAAAUCCAUCAAACACUCGAGUUGUCGGUCUUUGCACCGGUCUCCUUGCAGGUUCUGUCGUUGCAUCUGCCAGGUCACUGAGUGAGCUUCUCCCACUCGCGACCGAAGCUGUCCGGGUUGCUUUCCGCGCAGGCACCUGCGUUGGUGCAGCCAAGGAGGCACUUGAGCAAUCUUCUACCUCCAAAGAUUCGUGGUCCACUAUCGUGACCAACAUUUCUGAAGAUGCUGCCAAGGACGCUAUCGCUGCGUUCCACGAGGAGCAAAAGAUACCGACCCUGGCUCAGGCCUACAUUAGCGCCGUUAGUACAAUGGCGCUAACCAUCAGCGGCCCGCCUGCUACCACGAAGCGCCUUCUCGAGAAGGAGGCUUUCAAGUCCAGUGCUCGUGUGCCUAUCCCCGUAUAUGCGCCCUACCACGCAUCUCACCUGUAUUCCCAGGCGGAUAUCGACCGUAUCCUCGACAAGGACGCCAUUAGGCAUCUGCAGCAAUUCCGCCCAGUCGCCCUCGUCCACUCGGCAGCCACUGGAAAAUGCCAGACUGCUACCAACACUUUGGAGUUGGUCCGAACUGCCCUUCAUGAGAUGCUUGUUGAGCCUGUGAGAUGGGACAGCCUUCUGUCUGAGGUUGUCUCUCAGGUCACCUCUGCAUCCAACGCACAGUGCUCUGUCUCCGCAUUCGGUGUAACAUCCAUUACCAACAGCCUCGCAUCCGCGCUGAAGAAUGGUGGCCAAUCAGCCAUCACCGUCCGCGACCAGUCUGCCUGGGUGCCAGCCGACCAUGAUAGCCGUGGCCGUACACAGAACGACAAGAUUGCCAUUGUUGGUAUGUCUGGUCGUUUCCCCGGUGCUGCCAACCCUGAGGCGCUCUGGGAUCUUCUCGAGCGCGGUCUGGAUGUCCACCGCGAAGUCCCUGCAGACCGUUUCGACGCAAAAGCCCACUGCGACCCCUCAGGCAAGGGCAAGAACAAGAGUCACACCCCUUACGGCUGCUUCAUCGACGAGCCCGGUCUAUUCGACCCCCGCUUUUUCAACAUGUCUCCCCGUGAGGCUGCCCAGACUGAUCCCAUGGGUCGUCUAGCCCUCACAACUGCCUACGAAGCCCUCGAAAUGUCUGGAUACGUACCAAACCGCACUCCCUCGACCAAACUCGAGCGCAUUGGUACCUUCUAUGGUCAAACUUCGGACGAUUGGCGUGAGAUCAACGCUUCAGAGAACAUCGACACCUACUUCAUCACGGGUGGUGUGAGGGCGUUCGCGCCCGGCCGCAUCAACUACUACUUCAAGUUCUCUGGUCCCUCCUACAGUGUGGACACUGCUUGUUCUUCUUCGCUUGCUGCCAUCCAGCUGGCCUGCACUUCCCUUUGGGCUGGUGACUGUGAUACUGCUUGCGCCGGUGGUCUCAAUGUCCUGACUAAUCCGGACAUUUUCUCCGGUCUUAGCAAGGGCCAGUUCUUGUCCAAGACUGGAAGCUGCAAGACUUACGACAACGAUGCUGAUGGUUACUGCCGUGGUGACGGUUGUGGUUCCGUCGUCCUCAAGCGUUAUGAGGAUGCCAUUGCUGACAAGGACAACAUUCUUGGUUGCAUCCUUGGCGCUGCCACCAACCACAGUGCCGAGGCCGUUUCCAUCACCCACCCUCACGCUGGUGCUCAAGAGUACCUCUACAACAAGGUCCUCUCCAACGCCGGUGUUGAUGCUCAUGAUAUUAGCUACGUGGAGAUGCACGGCACUGGUACCCAGGCCGGCGAUGGAAUUGAGAUGACCUCGGUCACCAACGCCUUUGCUCCUCGCCACCGCCAGCGUACCCCCGAGCAGACUCUGCACUUGGGUGCCAUCAAGGCCAACAUCGGACACGGUGAAGCUGCUUCUGGUAUCAACUCUCUCGUCAAGGUCUUGAUGAUGAUGAAGAAGAACGCUAUUCCUGCCAAUGUAGGUAUCAAGGGUGUCAUGAACAAGACCUUCCCCAAAGAUCUUGCACAGCGCAACGUGCACAUUGAGACCACUCAGGUUGCUUGGCCACGCAAGGGUGGGGAGAAGCGCAAGAUCUUCUUGAACAACUUCUCUGCUGCUGGUGGAAACACCGCUGUCAUCCUUGAGGACGGUCCUCUUCCCGAGGAACCCAAGGGUGUCGACCCUCGCACCAUGCACAUGGUUACUGUCAGUGCUAGGUCUAUCGCAUCGCUGAAGAAGAACAUCAACAACUUGAUCGAUUUCGUCGAUGAGAACCCAUCCGUUACGCUGCCCAGCUUGGCCUACACUACCACUGCUCGACGCAUCCAGCACAACUACCGCGUUGCCUUCUGCGUCUCUGACAUGUCCAAGGUCAAGGAUGGCCUACGUGCUCAGCUCAAGGAUACCUACAGCCCUCUGCCCAUGGUUCCAACCAAGACUGCCUUUACCUUCACUGGUCAGGGCUCGCAGUACACUGGCCUCGGACAGAAGCUGUACGAGGAUCUUGAGACUUUCAAGAACGAUAUCGACCAGCUAGACAAGCUUGCUCGUCUGCACUCUCUUCCCUCGAUUCUGCCGCUCUUGACCGGCGCAGACGUUGCUACCCUUUCCCCAGUAGUUGUCCAGCUUGGUAUGGCCUGCAUUCAAGUUGCUCUCGCUCGCAUGUGGGGUGCUUGGGGUGUUCGCCCCAUCGCUGUCAUUGGUCACAGCCUUGGCGAGUACGCGGCUCUCCACGUUGCUGGCGUCAUCUCCGCCAGCGACAUGGUGUUCCUGGUUGGUCGCCGUGCUCAGAUCCUAGAGGAAGAGUGUACCGCCAACACUCACGGCAUGCUUGCUGUUAAGGGCAGUGUUGAUGCCAUCAAGGUAGCCUUGGGCGACAAGAUGACCGAGAUUGCCUGCAUGAACGGCCCUGAAGAGACCGUUCUCUGUGGUACCGUUGAUGUUGUCGACUCAACCAACGAGCUUCUUGCUUCCAAGGGAUUCAAGUCGACGAAACUGAAUGUUCCAUUCGCCUUCCACUCUGCUCAGGUUGAGCCUAUUCUUGAGAAGUUCAAGGCUGCCGCUGACUCGGUCACCUUCAACAAGCCUGUUGUGCCGGUUAUGUCGCCCCUUAAUGGGGACAUCAUUGUAGAGGCUGGCAUCAUUGGCCCUGACUACCUUGCUCGUCACGCCCGCGAGACUGUCAACUUCUGGACUGCUCUAACCAACGGUCAGGAGCAAAAGCUCUUCGAUGCUAAGACCGCUUGGCUCGAGGUUGGAGCCCACCCUGUCUGCAGCGGUAUGGUCAAGUCUUCUCUUGGUGGUUCCCCCGUCGCGGCCGGAUCUCUCCGCCGUAAUGAGGACCCCUGGAAGACCCUCUCCAACACUCUCACCACCAUGUACCUGGCUGGUGUCUACAUCGACUUCAACGAGUACCACAGGCUUUUCAACGAUGCCCACCAGAUGUACACUCUGCCUACUUAUGCCUUUGACUCGAAGAAGUACUGGUUGGACUACCACAACAACUGGACUCUUACCAAGGGUGAGGUUCUCCAGGCAGCACCUGCAGUCAGCGCUAUCGAGGCGGCACCAGUCGUGGAGGCACCCUCCAAGCUGUCGACAACUUCUUGCCACAAGAUUGUCCGCGAGGAUCUCCAUGCCAACUCUGGCACCGUUGUUGUCCAGUCUGACCUAUCCGACCCCAAGUUGAAGGCUACUAUCACUGGUCACCAAGUCAACGGUACCCCUCUUACUCCAUCUUCCCUAUACGCUGAUCAGGCGAUGACUGUGGCCGAUUACCUCUAUCAGCAGCUUCGCCCUGGUACUGAAACACCAGGACUCAAUGUCUGCUCAAUGGAGGUUACCAAGACUCUCAUCCCCCAGUACCCUCCUCCUGCUACUGGCCAGCACUUGCAGAUUGAGGGUAACGCAGACCUUGAAACCAGCCAAGUCAAGAUCACCUUCCGCACCGUCUCAGCCGAUGGCUCCAAGAUCCUCGCCGAGCACGCUGUUGGUAUCGUCAAGUACGAAGAUGUCAACGCCUGGAAGGAAGAAUGGGGUCGCAUCCAGUACAUGGUACAGUCUCAGAUCGACAUGCUCCAGCAAAAGCUUGCGACUGGCGCCGCCCACAAGGUUCUCCGUGGAAUGGCCUACAAGCUCUUCAAGGCUCUUGUUACCUAUGCCGACAACUACCGCGGUAUGGAAGAAGUUAUCCUCGAUGGUAAACAGACUGAGGCUACUGCUUCAGUUCAGUUCCAGACCACCGAGGCUGAUGGUGAUUUCCUCUGCUCCCCAUACUGGAUCGAUUCUCUUGCUCAUCUUUCGGGUUUCAUCGUCAAUGCCUCCGACCACCUUGACUCUGAGAAUUCCGUCUACAUCUCUCACGGAUGGGGAUCUAUCAAGAUUGCCGGUAAGCUUUCGCCUGAGAAGAAGUACCGCUCCUAUGUUCGCAUGCAACCUGCUCCUGGCAACAUCUCUGUUGGUGAUGUCUACAUCAUGGACGGUGCUGAGAUCAUUGGUAUGGUCAUGGGUCUCAAGUUCCAGAACAUUCCUCGCCGCGCUCUCAACAUCAUGAUGCCCCCCGCCGGAAAGGCCGCUUCUGCUCCCGCUGCCAAGGCGGUUGCUAAGCCUGUUCCCAAGGCUCUUCCUACCGCUGCUCCUGUCAAGACCCACGCAGCCGUUCCCAAGGCAGUGAAGGCUCCCAAGGCUGUCAAGGUUGCUGCUCCCGCCGGUGUAACCUCAAAGGUCAUGAACAUUGUCGCCCAAGAGAUUGAUGUCGACAUGUCUGAGCUCGUUGACGAGGCUGCUUUCGAGAACCUUGGAGUCGACUCACUUCUGUCUCUGACCAUCUCUGCCAGGUUUCGUGAGGAGCUCGACAUGGACAUUCCUUCCACUCUCUUCACCGACUGCUCCACUGUUGGUGAACUGAAGAAGCACUUCUCUCAGUUCGAUGGCACUACCAUCGUCGAGGAUGACUCUUCGGUCACAUCCGACGAGCCUUCUGGCGCGCCUACUCCUUUCGAGGCGCCUGCUGGUCAGAGCGACAGCACUCCUGCCAGCUCCGCCGGUAGCGACGACGGCCAUGAUGACAUCAAGCCCUCGGCUGCCACUGAGGGCGGUGCCAGCCUGGCCCGCAAGCUUGUGGCUGAAGAGAUGGGCGUUGAUGUCUCCGAGAUCACCGACGACCUUGACCUCACCGAUAUCGGCAUGGACUCCCUCAUGAGUCUUACUAUCCUUGGUUCCAUGCGUGAAGCUACCGGUCGCGAUCUUCCUGCCGACUUCCUUACCGUCAACGUCACAAUCAAGGAUAUCGAGACUGCGCUUGGCAUGCGUCCUCAGCCCAAGGCUGCGAAGCCUGCCACUAAGGCUUCUUCCAAGGCCCCUCAGCUCUCUGAGGUGAACAAGAAGCUCGCCUCGCUCCCCGAUGUCUCCAACCUGCCUCCUGCUUCCUCUGUCUUGCUUCAAGGUAACCCUAAGACCGCCACCAAGAAAUUCUUCUUGGUCCCCGACGGUUCUGGCAGCGCGACUAGCUACAUCUCCAUCCCCAAUAUCUCUCCUAGCAUGGCUGUCUAUGGACUUAACUGCCCAUUCAUGAAAUGCCCUGAGAAAUGGACUUGUGGUGUUGAGGGUGUCUCCCGUCUUUACCUCAACGAGAUCAAGCGCCGUCAACCAGCUGGUCCUUACCUCGUUGGUGGAUGGUCUGCUGGUGGUGUCAUGGCAUACGAGGUCGCUCAGCAACUUGUGAACGCCGGUGAAAAGGUCGAGAGCCUCGUUCUCAUCGAUGCUCCCUGCCCAGUCGCUCUUGAUCCUCUCCCCGCUCGCCUUCACAUCUUCUUCGAUCAGAUUGGUCUCCUUGGCACUGGAAAACCCGGCGGUACUCCUUCAUGGCUCCUCCCUCACUUCGCAUCUGCCAUUCAGAACCUCAAGGACUACGACCCGACCCCCAUGAACCCCAAGAUCGCUCCCCCUGUCCUCGCCAUCUGGUGUACAGAUGGUGUCUGCCCUAACCCUGAGGACCCCCGCCCUCCCCCAGGUGAGGGAGAGGACCCAGCUCCCAUGAAGUGGCUUCUCAACAACCGUACUGAUUUCUCUGACAACGGUUGGGCCCAGCUUCUCCCUAAGGAGAACUUCCAGUACGCCGUCAUGGGUGGCAACCACUUCACUAUGAUGAAGGGUGAUCACGGUGUUACGCUUGGAAAGCUCAUUCAGCAAGGUCUCAAGCUGUGA